AUGGCUGCUGCCGGCCAGUCGGUGGUGCUGAGCAUCUUCACGGGCGCCGUGGAUCCCCUGGUGCUUGCCGUGAAGAAGGAAAAGCUCAGAGCGAUCGUUCUGUCCUGCCCGAUGCAGAAUCUGACAGAAGUUCCGGUGCCCGCGAAGAUAACGGAUGCAAGGCAGUGUGCAGUGGAAAUCCUGGACAAUGGCCUGGAACAGGGACUGGACAAGACUGCUCAGGAGGUCACGCUGAAGCUGCUGUGGAAGCAGGACAAGGAUGUGCCGUAUGCGACCGCAUCCCGCUGGGUGUUUCGAUGCCUUGCUGACUACUCAGGCGGAAGCAGUUUGCACUGGGACUUAGAGCCUGAGCCGACGGGCCUGGGCGGUUCUCAACCCGGUGCGCAGGUUGGGCCGAUACCCUCGCCAAGUGAAGCAAAAGCUCCUGACAUCCAAUCGCAUCUCGUUCGACAGGUGAAAUUGUUGCAAAGGCAACCACUUGAAGGGUACCAAGGCGGUGGCAAACUUGGUGAAGGAAGUUUCGGCCUUGUUGUGAGAGCGAAACGAGCAACCGAUAAUGAUGAUGUUGCCAUCAAGCUCUUGAAAGACGAUUUGGAAGCUUUUCAGGAGGUGGUUUUCGCCACCCAGCUUCAAGAUCAUCCCAACAUCGUGCAGCUUCUGGAUGCUGGCAUUUGGAUGGACAAAUCGGUCCUGGAUAAUGUAUCUAUAGACAAUAUGGUGGACCUUUUCGAGAUGCUGGAUGUGGAAGGCAACGGCAGGCUAGAGAUGGACCAGUUCAUCGGAGGCUUGCUGAAUUUAGUUCUCUUGGAUGUUCCUCUGUGGAGCAUCCAGUCCCAGCGAAUGUUGGGAAGCAUCCGCACGACCGUGACAAGUCUUGACAGAGACAUCGCGGAGAUUCGUUGCAAGCUAAAUCGGCUGACCGGCAGCCUGAACGAUGGUGCCCUCGGGAAGGAUGACUCUGUCUGA